AUUUGGCCAAGGAUUGACCGCCAUUGGCGACAUAUAUACAUACAUCACACACGACACCGGAGCAAACCCUCAGCCAAGAGGAUCUUCCAAGAUGUCCUUCUCAACCCUUGUCAACGACCUCACUUACCGCGAUGAUCCACGUCCGGCCUCCGCCCGCACAAUCUCUACCGCCACCGACACCCGCUCGCAAAUCUCCCGCGCCCGCUCCUACGCCUCCACCGCCGCCACCAGCGUCAGCAUAAGCGGCGACAUCUCCUCCCAACUCCACGGCGGCUACUCCCACCCCCUUGCCCGCUCAUGGCAGGCAGAACGCCAACUCACCAAAUCCAUGCUCAUCUACCCCCUUUUCAUCACCGACAAUCCGGACGAAAGCGAACUCAUCCCCAGCCUCCCCGGCCAGCGACGAAUGGGCCUCAACAAGAUCAUCCCUCUCCUACAACCUCUGAUCGCUAAGGGCCUCAAAUCCGUAAUCCUCUUCGGCGUCCCUCUCGCCCCCUCCGCCAAAGACGCCCUAGGCACUGCAGCAGACGAUCCGCAGGGCCCCGUCAUCGCCGCCCUCCGCCUCCUCCGCCGCGCCUUCCCCCGCUUGUUUCUGGUAGCCGACGUGUGUCUCUGCGAGUACACCUCCCACGGUCACUGCGGCAUCCUCAACGAAGACGGCACCCUCAACAACAACCUCUCCGUCGACCGCAUCAGCGACGUCGCCAUGGCGUACGCCGAAGCGGGCGCCCACUGCGUUGCCCCCUCCGACAUGAACGAUGGCCGCAUUCGCGCAAUCAAGCUCAAACUGAUCGAAGCCGGCAUCGCACAUAGAGUGGUACUGAUGUCCUACUCCGCCAAAUUCUCCGGAUGCCUCUACGGUCCCUUCCGCGACGCAGCAGGUUCCUGCCCCUCCUUCGGCGACAGGCGCUGCUACCAACUCCCGCCGGGCGGCCGCGGCCUGGCGCGCCGAGCGAUCCAUCGCGACAUCAAGGAAGGCGCUGACAUCAUCAUGGUAAAGCCCGCGACGCAGUAUCUAGAUAUUAUUAGUGAUGCCAAGGAAAUUGGCAAAGAUAUGCCCGUCGCCGCGUACCAUGUGAGUGGAGAAUAUGCAAUGAUCCAUGCUGCGGCGAAGGCGGGCGUGUUCGAUUUGAAGGCCAUGGCGUUUGAGGCAACGGAGGGCAUUCUAAGGGCCGGUGCGAGUAUUGUGGUGAGUUACUUCACGCCGGAGUUUUUGGAUUGGCUUGAUACAUAAACCACUUCGAUUGAUCGGACUGUGGUUCUGCUACCAUUGUACAGUGCCAAGCGGUCUCACACAGUGCUGGACAUGCCUCUGUGACGGUGUCCUGCUCGAAGG